GUCACUUCCGCUACCGGCGCGGGCUGCGCGAGGGGCUUCGGCGGGUUGGGUCCAGACGCGGGGUGUCAGCGAGCCAAAACUAUGAGUGAAUUUCGGAUUCACCAUGACGUCAAUGAGCUGCUCAGCUUGCUGCGUGUCCACGGAGGGGAUGGGGCUGAGGUCUAUAUCGACCUGCUGCAGAAGAAUAGGACCCCCUAUGUCACAACCACUGUAUCUGCACACAGUGCCAAGGUGGGUUCCGUCCCUGGUGCUGCGCUGUGCCCUGGGCGAGGCGGGCCCCGUCCCGGUGCUGCACUGGGCCCUGGGCGAGGCGGGCCCCGUCCUGGUGCAGCGCUGUGCACAAAGUUCACCAGCUUCCUGCCUGAGCAGCCACAGCAUCACCAGUAUGAGGAAAUAGUUGCACCUCCCCUCUCGCUGGCCACCCUUGACCUGGUACUUCUGAGGACUGCCCUGGUCAGCUUCUGGUGGCUGGUCCCGCAGGAGGACCGCAGCUCUGGGCAUGUGCAGGAGGUGGCCUCUCCCCCUGGCCCUGAGGGGCCCAGAUAUUCUCACCAGUCUCUAGAACUUACAAGAAAGUUGCUUCGAGAUAAGCAGAACAAAAAAAAUUCCGGCCAGCGCCUCCCUGUCUUUCCGCCGUGGGUAUAUGAGAGACCCACACUGGUUGGGGAUUUCCUGACUGGCUCAGGCGUGAGCACGGACACGGCUGUGCCUGUAGGCACACUGCCCCUGGCCUCCCAAGAGUCGGCCGUGGUGGAGGACCUGCUCUAUGUGCUGGUGGGUGUGGACGGCAGGUACAUCACCGCCCAGCCCCUCACUGGGAGGCAGAGCCGCACCUUCCUCGUGGACCCCAACCUCGACCUGUCCAUCAGGGAGCUGGUGAACAGGAUCCUCCCCGUGGCUUCCAGUUACUCCACGGUGACCAGGUUCAUUGAAGAAAAGUCUUCCUUUGAAUACGGACAGGUGAACCAUGCCUUGGCGGCAGCCAUGAGAACCCUAGUGAAGGAGUACCUGAUCCUGGUCACGCAGCUGGAGCAGCUGCAGAGGCAGGGCCUGUUGUCACUUCAGAAGCUCUGGUUCUACAUCCAGCCGGCCAUGCGCACCGUCGACAUCCUGGCCUCCCUUGCCACCUCGGUGGAUAAGGGCGAGUGUGUCGGGGGGUCCACCCUGAGCCUUCUCCACGACCGGAGCUUCAACUACACGGGCGACAGCCAGGCGCAGGAGCUGUGCUUGUACUUAACCAAGGCCGCCAGCGUGCCCUACUUCGAGAUCCUGGAGAAGUGGAUCUAUAGAGGGAUAAUCAAUGACCCCUACAGCGAGUUCAUGGUGGAGGAGCACGAGCUGCGGAAGGAGAAGAUCCAGGAGGACUACAACGACAAGUACUGGGAUCAGAGGUACACCGUCGUGCAGCGGCAGAUCCCCUCCUUCCUGCAGAAGAUGGUCGGCAAGGUGCUCAGCACAGGAAAAUAUCUGAAUGUAGUCAGAGAGUGUGGUCACGAUGUCACCUGCCCAGUGGCCAAGGAGAUCAUCUACACUUUGAAGGAGCGAGCAUAUGUUGAGCAAAUCGAGAAGGCUUUUAACUACGCCAGCAAGGUCCUGCUGGCCUUCCUGAUGGAAGAGAAGGAGCUCGUGGCGCACCUGAGGUCCAUCAAGCGCUACUUCCUGAUGGACCAGGGGGACUUCUUUGUGCACUUCAUGGACCUCACUGAGGAGGAGCUGAAGAAGCCAGUGGACGACAUCACGCCCACCCGUCUGGAGGCUCUGCUGGAGCUGGCCUUGCGCAUGAGCACUGCCAACACGGACCCUUUCAAGGAUGACCUCAAGAUCGAUCUGAUGCCUCAUGACCUCAUCACUCAGCUCCUGCGGGUUCUGGCCAUCGAGACCAAGCAGGAGAAGGCGAUGGUCCAUGCCGACCCCACUGAGCUCACGCUGAGCGGCCUGGAGGCCUUCUCUUUUGACUAUGUUGUUAAGUGGCCUCUGUCACUGAUUAUCAAUAGGAAAGCCCUGACCCGCUACCAGAUGCUCUUCAGACACAUGUUCUACUGCAAGCACGUGGAGCGGCAGCUGUGCAACGUCUGGAUCAGCAACAAGGCCGCCAAGCAGUACUCGUUACACUCGGCAAAGUGGUUUGCCGGUGCCUUCACUCUGCGACAGCGGAUGCUCAACUUUGUUCAGAACAUUCAGUAUUACAUGAUGUGUGAAGUGAUGGAGCCAACGUGGCACAUCCUUGAGAAAAACCUGAAGUCUGCGUCCAACAUCGACGACGUGCUGGGUCACCACACGAGCUUCCUGGACAACUGUCUGAAGGACUGCAUGCUGACCAACCCCGAGCUGCUCAAAGUCUUCUCCAGGCUCAUGUCCGUGUGCGUCAUGUUCACCAACUGCAUGCAGAGAUUUACGCAGAGCAUGAAGUUGGACGGUGAGCUGGGCCGGCUGAUGUUGGAGCAUGGCACGAUGCUGGGGCCGCCCACGGAGGCCGAGCGGGCGGAGGAGCGUGCCCGCAAGGAGCUCACUAGGAAGUACCUGGCUGAGCACGUGGACGCCCCUCAGCUGACCUCCAGCUUCGAGGCCACCAUCAACAAGUUUGAUAAGAAUUUCUCGGCACAUCUGCUUGACCUUCUGGCCCGACUGAGCCUCUACAGCACCAGCGACUGUGAGCAUAGCAUGGCCAGCGUCAUCUCCAGACUGGACUUCAAUGGCUUCUACACGGAGCGCCUGGAGCGUCUUUCUGCAGAGAGGAGCCAGAAGGCAGCCCCCCAGGUGCCUGUCCCACGGGGCCCCCCAGCAUCAGCGCCCAGGGUCGCUGUCACCGCACAGUGAGGCUGCAGGUGCUGUGGAGAAAUGAGUUCAGAACCUUUUACUGGAAUAGCGCUGAACCACCCGUUGUUGCUGUUUAAAUAUAAAGUCUGAAUGUUG